AUGCGAUCCACCGAUGUUUGUCGUCCCUCAGGUUCAAAUGGUAUCGUGAGCAGUCGGAUGCGCGGUGUGAAUGAUACAACCAUCGAUCCCGUCAAUGAGCAUGAUGACGAGGAAGGCGUAAGCGUUGUCGGUGUUCAACCCGUUGGUGCAACUCCGACUGAAACACGGCAUGAUUUGGUAUUUGAUGAAGAUGAUGAAGAUGAUGAAGAGACCACCCCCACCAUUGGUGGUCGAAUGGCCAAUCGUCGUCCGACAAGUUUGGCUGUGCCGCGGCGUUUACAUAAUACUGCCGCCGAGUUUGAUGACGAUGCGUGGUGGUAUGGCUCGGGCGCCAGUACCCCAGAUGAGGAUCCCGUUGAAACCAUAGUGGCUAUUCUUACUGAUCGACAUCGGCGCAAUCGUGGUGCGCGUCAGCGUUCUCAUCAUGGUUACCGUGGAAGUCGUAGCGGUCGUGGACGUCGUGGCGUCUAAUAAGAUAAAAAUUGUAUGAUUUAGUUGUUCGAAUAAAUUUUCACAAUUUUUAUAUAAAAGUUCA